AUGCCACGAGUAACCGCUGCUGAUAGAGCGGCCUUUAACGCCAAUGCCUCUGCUACAAAGGCUGAGGGAACUGCAAGGCGUUUUGCAAAAGAGUUGCCUGAUGGAUUCAUCAGCUUGGAUUGUGGAAUGCCAAGUAAUGAGUCUAGUUACACCGAAUAUUCAACCAGUUUGAUUUAUUCAUCCGAUGCUGAUUUCAUCCGCACCGGAAAAAGGGGAAGAAUCAAAAAUGACGAAAUUGAAUACUUGAAGCCAUAUAGAAACUUGAGAUAUUUUCCCGAAGGAUCACGGAAUUGCUACAAUCUAACUGUUGUGCCGGGCGUAACUUAUCUUAUUAGAGCUGUCUUCGCGUAUGGAAACUACGAUGGUCUUAAAACUAUGCCCAAAUUUGAUCUCCACAUAGGCCCUAACUUGUGGACAACCAUAGAUUUUGAAGACCAACUUUCGGAUAUCAGUAAGAUCACAAUGCAAGAAGGUAUCGUAGAGGAGAUUAUUCACAUGUCAAAGUCAAACUAUUUGGACAUUUGUCUCGUUACGACAGGAACAACAACGCCAUUCAUAUCAGGCUUAGAACUACGGCCCUUGAGAGAAGAUAGUUACACUACUGAAUCCGGCUCCCUGAAGCUCUUAUUUAGACAACGCUUUAUAAGUGAUUUUGACGAGUUUGAUCUUCAGAUUCGGUAUCCAUAUGAUGUCCAUGAUCGUAACUGGUAUACAGAGGUAGAGGUAGGCUCUGAUUGGACACAAAUAAACACCACCCUCAAUGUAAGUAGUUCCGAUCCCUUUGAAAUGCCACAACGUUUAUUUUCAAAGGCUGUGACACCCAAAAAUUCCAGUAAGCCGAUAAAAAUGAGCUGGUUAUUGCGGAAACCGUACCACCAAGUGGAUGCUUACCUUCACUUUGCUGAUAUCCAAGCCCUCCAGCCCAAUGAUACCAGAAUAUUUGAUGUUAUUUGUAACAAUCAUACGUUUUACACGGAAUAUAGACCUCUUGAGUUUAUGGUAGAGACUGUACCUCUAAAAUCUAUCAAUAUGUGUGAGGAUCGUAUCUGCGCAUUGGAUUUGGCCCUCAUAAAAGCUAAAUCGUCAACUCUUCCACCGCUGCUUAAUGUCGUUGAGGCUUUUGGAGUACUCCAACUUCCUAAUUUAGAAACGGAUGAAAACGACGUGAUUGCAAUCAAGAAAAUCCAAGCUACUUAUAGAUUACACAAAAUCAAUUGGCAAGGAGAUCCAUGUUCUCCUGUACUGUACAAGUGGGAUGGUCUAAACUGCAGUAACGCUAAUCUAUCUACUUCCCCAAGAAUCAUUUCUUUAGAUUUGUCUACAAGUGGAUUGAAUGGUACCAUAUCACCUGACAUAACAAAUCUAAGCCAGCUACAAAAACUGGACCUUUCAACUAAUAAUUUGACUGGAGGAGUCCCAGAGUUUUUCUCUAGCAUGAAAGCAUUAAACGUCAUAGACUUGAGUUACAACAAUCUUAGUGGCUCAGUUCCUCAAGCUAUUCGUAACAUGGAAAAGAAAGGCCUAAAGUUGAUUGUUGAAGGAAAUCCAAAUCUCUGUUUAUCUUCUUGCGGAACUAAUGGGAAACGAAAACGGAAAGUUUAUGUCAUCAUUUUUGUGUCAAUCGCUUCCAUCGGUAUUAUUGCAGCUGUCGUUGUGCUUCUUAUGAUCAUUUCCAUUAAUAAAAAGAAGACGCCACUGAAAGCGUUACGCCCGCCCAUUGUGGCAAAAAAGAGAAGCUUUACUUUUGGAAAUGUCAAGGAGAUGACAAACAACUUUGCGAGAGUUGUUGGAGAAGGAGGGUUCGGUAUAGUGUAUCACGGUUAUUUGAAUCAAGAAGAACAGGUUGCAGCUAAAGUACUCUCUCAGUCCUCAGCUCAAGGCUAUGAGCAAUUCAAGGCAGAGGUAGAACUUCUUAUCAGAGUUCACCACGUAAAUUUAGUAAGUCUCGUUGGCUAUUGUGAUGAAGGAGACCACUUAGUCCUCAUCUAUGAAUACAUGCACAAUGAAGACUUAAGGAAACUUCUAUCCGGGGAAUGCGCAAGCCCACCUUUGAGUUGGGAAAAUAGGCUAAGGAUUGCUGCAGAGACUGCACAAGGAUUAGAGUAUCUGCAUAUUGGCUGCAAACCACCAAUGAUUCAUAGAGAUGUCAAAUCUACAAAUAUCCUCCUCGAUGAGCAUUUCCAAGCAAAACUCGGCGAUUUUGGUCUUUCAAGAUAUUCUCCAACAGGAAGUGAAACUCACGUGUCAACAAAUGUUGUUGGAUCACCCGGCUAUCUUGAUCCUGAGUAAAUUAUCUUCUUGUAACAAUAUAUUACUUAACUAAAUGUCCUCUGCUUCCAUUUUGAUAAAUUUUAUAUACUACAGAUAUUACAGGACAAAUUGGCUGACCGAGAAAAGUGAUGUCUAUAGCUUUGGAGUUGUAUUAUUGGAAAUAAUCACAAGUCUACCAGUGAUUGAUCAUACUCGUCAAAAGCCUCACAUAGUAGAAUGGGUGGGAUUUAGGCUAACAAAUGGAGAUAUAAGAAAUAUUGUGGAUCCAAGCCUUGUUGGAGACUUUUGCUCUAGUUCUAUGUGGAAGGCUCUUGAACUAGCAAUGUCUUGCGUUACUCCUUCUUCGUCUCGAAGACCAACCAUGUCUCAAGUUGCCAGUGAGCUGAAAGCGUGUCUUUUCUCCGAAAAAUUACGAAAAGGGGGAACACCAGACGUGGACUUGAAUAGUUUCAUUGAACCGAGCAUGAGCGUAGGCAUUGAAGAAAACCCUGAUGCACGCUAGUUCAUGCAGAAAAUCCAAUGUGUUUCGAGUAAGAAAGAGAAGUUCUUCAUGAUUUUUUUUUUAAAAAUUAAAAACAGUGUCCGGUGAUCCAAAUCAACCGAUUAAUCUGUGAGUUCCAACGAUACCGACAUUUGUAAAUUCUUUGGUGGCCAACAGAAAUCUAACUGCCGGUUUACCGUGUUGGUUCCCUCAAGUGCCACUACCCAAACCCCCCUUGGUUAAGAAGAGACCAUGUUUAUCCUUAAGGACCGUGUUUUUUUUUGCAUGAUGUAAGAAAUAUAUCCAAUUUCAAACAUUAUUAACGUA